AUGGCCGAUAGAAACGCUAGAGUUGAUGCUCAGUUGAGGAAUUUAGUCCGAGUGACUACGAAUUUAGCUAGAAGAGGAGUUCCUCCGAGGAAGAAAUCUGUUGAUUGGUUUAAGAGGGUUAGCGAUAGUAAAUCGCCUUCUUAUGAUGGGAAGGGUGAUCCUGUUAAGCUUGAGAACUGGUUUAGGGAUUUCGAGAAGCUAUUCGAUGCUAUUCAAUGUCCCGAUAAUAGGAAGGUAGCUAUAGCUGCAUAUUACCUCAAGGGGGAAGCCGACUUUUGGUGGUCGCAACAUAAGGAGACGUUAAUGGCGAGGCCUGACUUUGAUUGGAAGACUUUCGGAGUAGCUAUGAAGGAGAAAUUUUAUCCCAAUUUCUUGAGGAGGCAAAAGGCCAUUGAGUUUGAUGAGUUGAAGCAAGGUGACAUGACUGUGGAGCAGUACUAUGAGAAGUUUGUAGGAUUGAUGAAGUUUGCUCCAGAGUUAGUACCCACUGAGGAAAGAAAGGCUAUUAGGUUCGAAACUGGACUUAGUCUUGAGGUGAAGCUUGGGUUAGGAGGUUCAACUUUUAGGACCUUAGAGAAAGUGAACGACAAGAAGUUCAAGCCUCAAAAUAACUUUCACCAAGGAGGACAAUCUGAUGACCAAAGGAAUGGGGGCCAAUAUCAACCACAGAAGGGUGGAAAUGGUUCUAAUAAGGGAAAGAAAGGAGACGAACGCGUGUAUUUCUGCAAGAGGUGCCCCUACAAUCAUCCUGGAAAGGAUUAUGAAGGAAAGCUGGUGGAGUGUAACUACUGCCACAAAUUGGGUCACCGAGAGUAUGAGUGCUUCUCCAAGAACCCUGAGUUGAAGAUUGACAAAGGCAAGAGCGGAAACCAGUUUGGUCAGGGCAAUCGAAACCACUCAAGAGGCAACAACUAUCAAGGUGGGAACAAGCAAAAUGAGAACAACAAGACCGUUUUGAGUGGAGCUGGCCCUAGUGUGCCUGUAGUUGCUAGAUUGAAUGUCAUAAGCGCUAGAGAAGUUGAGACGUCCAAGGACGUAGUUACGGGUAAUGUUUAUAUUAAUUCCACUUUUGUUAAAGCUUUAUUUGAUUCAGGAAUCGUACGUUCAUUUGUUUCAAAGUUAGUUGUUUCAAAAUAUGGCUUAGAAAACCCUAGGGAUGUUGAGAUUCCUAUUAUGUUACCAUCUGGGGAAGUAGUAACUUGCUCAAGAGUAUAUGAAAACGUCCUUGUGAGAAUUGGGGAUGUAGACUUUGAAACCAACCUCAUAGAGUUUCCAUUGGAAGACUUGGAGAUCAUUUUAGGAAUGGAUUGGCUUAAGGAGUAUAAAGCCGAGAUUAUUUGUGGAGAACAAAAAGUGAGAUUGAGGAAUAAAUGGGAAAAAGGUGACUUUCAAGACUAA